AUGCAAGGAUACCUUACUGCGCAUGCGUAUUAGAUACUCUAUGGAGCCACGGAUGGAGACGUCCGGAGGGGAGCAAGAACCCGGAGCCGUCAGGCUCCUGGACCUGCCCUGGGAAGACGUGCUGCUCCCACACGUCCUGAGUCGGGUCCCGUUGCGACAGCUGCUCCGGCUGCAGCGCGUCAGCCGUGCCUUCCGAGCGCUAGUGCAGCUGCACCUGGAGGGGCUGCGCCGCUUUGAUGCCACUCAGGUGGGUCCCCAGAUCCCGAGGGAUGCAUUGACCCGGCUUCUGCGGGACUCCGAGGGACUGCAGGAACUGGUGCUGUCGCCUUGUCACGAAUGGCUGUCAGAUGAGGACCUGGUGCCGGUGCUGGCACGGAAUUUGCAGCUGCGGAGUGUGGCGCUGGCUGGCUGCGGGCAACUGAGCCGCCGCGCAUUAGGGGCAUUGGCAGAGGGCUGCCCCCGCCUGCAGCGCCUGUCGCUCGCGCACUGUGACUGGGUGGACGGGUUGGCGCUGCGCGGCCUAGCGGAUCGUUGCCCGGCCCUGGAGGAGCUAGACCUAACUGCCUGUCGUCAACUAAAGGACGAGGCCAUCGUGUACCUGACCCAGAAACGCGGCGCAGGCCUUCGAAGCCUCUCACUGGCUGUCAACGCUAAUGUGGGCGACACUGCUGUUCAGGAGUUGGCUCGGAACUGCCCCAAACUAGAGCACCUCGACCUCACCGGCUGCCUCCGUGUCGGAAGCGACAGUGUCAGGACACUGGCUGAGUAUUGCCCAUCGCUUCGAUCACUUCGGGUGCGGCACUGCCACCAUGUGGCUGAGCCCAGCCUGAGCCGCUUGCGCAAGCGUGGUGUGGACAUCGACGUGGAGCCGCCGCGGCACCAGGCCCUGGUGCUGCUGCAGGACAUGGCAGGCCUGGUACCUUUUGUCAACCUGCAGGUCUGAACCACUUGCAGGUCAGGGCACAGCUGGACUGUGUGUGGUGGGGGCCUGACUGUGAGCUGUAGGGAGACUGGACUAUGGGGGCCUCUGGUCAGAGGUCAGUGCCCUACCCCACUCUGGAGCUUCAAAUAAAGAGCUUUUUACUCCC